AUGGAAACUCAUAAAAUUAUUUACUUCGAAUAUGGCGGACGAAUGAAUUGCCAUUAUAACCCACAACAAGACAAUUUAACCCCCGAGGAGUUUAUUAAUAAGUUAAAAGUAUUUAGAAAAGGCGAUAAUAUAAGAGUAGAUUGGCAUAAUAGAUAUAUCGAUUUAACCUAUACGGGAGGCGAACAAGUAAUAAAGAUGUCCCCGAUUAUCAAGGAGACCAACCACCAAUUUAUCAGAAACCGCAAAACGGAAAUAAAUAAGACUAUGUUUGAUAUUCAAUGUGCGUUAAUAAUUGGCGUGGUUGCGUUAGCAUUAGUUGCCAUGUUUUUAGGAUAUAAGGCUAAGUUUGAUAAAAAAGGCGUAGAAUUAGAGAAAAAUGACCGAUUGCAUGAGGAGAAGCAUAAACAUAAUGAAAGUAGAAUAAAAGAAUUAGAAAAAAAGAACGGACACGAACAGAAACAAAUUGACGAACAAAGGGAGGAAAUUAACAACCUUAAAGACCAAAUGGCAACAGUUAAAGAUUUAAGUGAUAAAGUUGAGACAGGAAAGGAUAAGAUACUUAAUGACUUAAAUAAUUUAACUUUCCCCGAGGGAUAUGCAGAAGUUUAUAUUAAGUUCAGUGAUUUAUUGGAUGAGGAUAAAUAUUUAACCAAGAUUAUUAUUACUUCCCGCGGAACGGGCAAAAGCCAUAAUAUCAAAAACCUUGACGGAAAAUAUUGGAUAAAUAUUGUUUUGAGUAUUCUAAUAAAAAAAUAUCACGGAAAGAUUUUGAGGAAUGAGGAUGCCCGUGAGUUAUUGGAUAAAAACACCGAUAUUUUUAUGGAUGAAGCGAUACCGAACCCCAAAGGUAAGGACAAAACCAAUUUAAAGUAUUUAGACGAUGAGGAUGUUUUGUUUGAUGAAUUAUAUGGUAGUGCUUGA